AUGUCGCAUCCUUCUCCGAAACUAAAGCCGUCUGCGGCGGCUAACCCGUAGGUCUACCUAGAUGUCAGCAUCGCGGAGGAGAGAGCUGGACGAAUAGUUCUGGAGCUGUUUGCUGAUGUCUGUCCUAAAACAGCUGAGAAUUUUCGUGCUUUAUGCACUGGAGAGAAGGGAAUUGGACGAAUCACUGGAAAACCUCUGCAUUUCAAAGGCUGUCCUUUCCACAGGAUUAUAAGGAAGUUUAUGAUACAGGGAGGAGACGUUUCUAAUCAGAAUGGAACUGGAGGAGAAAGUAUCUAUGGAGAGAAAUUUGAAGAUGAAAAUUUUCAUUACAAGCAUGAUCAGGCAGGAUUGCUGAGCAUGGCCAACGCAGGGCGAAACACCAAUGGUUCACAGUUCUUCUUCACAACUGUGCCUACACCUCAUCUGGAUAACAAACAUGUGAUUUUUGGUCAGGUGCUAAAAGGAAUGGGAGUAGUAAAAAUACUGGAAAAUGUUGAAGUGAAAGAUGAGAAGCCUGUAAAGCAAUGUUCUUUAACAAACUGUGGUGAGAUUAGAGAAGGUGAUGACUUGGGUCUAGCUCCUGCUGAUGGAUCAGGAGAUGCAUAUCCAGACUUUCCAGAAGAUAUUGAUGGAGGUAUGAAUGAUGUUGAUAAAAUUGUACGGAUUGCCGAAGACUUAAAGAACCUAGGGAAUAACUUCUUUAAAUCCCAAAACUGGACAAUGGCAGACAAGAAGUACGCCAAGGCUUUAAGAUAUGCAGCCACUCUAAGAGAUGAAAUUGAUGAAGAAUCAAUGGAGAAGGACUCAAUUAAAAAUCAGGAAUCUAUUUUAUUAAGCUGUAAUCUGAACAUUGCUGCAUGCAAGCUGACUUCUGACUGGGAUGCUGCCAUUGAAAGCUGUGAUGAGGCUCUUGAAAUAAAUCAGUCAAACACAAAGGCACUUUACAGAAGGGCUCAGGCUUGGCAAGCAAAGAAGGAUUAUGAUCAGGCUGUGGAUGAUCUUAAGAAAGCUCAGGAAAUUACACCUGAAGAUAAAGCUGUAAGCAAUGAAAUACUCCGAGUGAAGCAAAAGAAAAAAGAACAUAAAGAGAAAGAAAAGGCAACUUAUGCAAAAAUGUUUGCUUGAUAAAAUGGUUCUUUGUUCAUAAUUCUAAAUUAUUCAUUGGGCUUCUGUUUCGUCUUAAUCUUCUGAGGACAGUGUUGGGUUGUUUUUUUUUGGAUGUAUAGUCUGUUUUACAGACAAAUGAGUGCUGACUGACAAAGAUUGGAGACUAACGUUGUAGACAAAAGCCGAGAUUCAGCUGUGCUGCUGACACCUUAUUUUCAAACGUCUGUUGCAGUGGAACUGUUGAAGAUAUUGGUUAUUAGAAUAAAUAUCAAGAACAAAGGUCUGAACUGUUUGUCUCUGCAAUAGAAAUAAAUAUUUCUAUUUAUGAAUUUCUUCACCUCAUGAAUAAAUAGUAUAAGUAAUGUAUCAAAGCAGUUCUGUAUUUGUGGUUCAUUGUUCAUGUGUGAAGAGCUACUUAGUCUUUUUAAAAAAACUUGCUUUUGUGUGGUUAUUUAUGAUUCUAAGGUCCUUAUGUGGUGGUCUGUAAAGAUUUGCAAUCUAUGUAUCUCUGAAGAAAGCUUGCUGUAGUUAUGUAGUUCAUAUACAGAGGACAGUACUUAAAUUAUUAUAUCUAUCAUAUAAAUCUUUUUCAUGCCAGCAAAUCAGUUGAUACAGUUUACAACUAAAUUGUAUGAAAGGCAGUUACAGAUGAAUAGCAAUCUUCAACAUUCUGAAGAGGACAAAAGAGAUAAUUACCCAUUUUAUUGAAAACUGACUCUACAUU